AUGGCCCUCCGCCGCCCCAUCCUCACCCUCCACACCACCCCCUCAACACCCAUCCGCGUCCCCAUCCGCCACCUCCACGCCCGCCUUCCCCCCCGCCCAAUCCCCUCCCCAACGCCCUUCAUACCGGACACUCCCACAUUCCUCACAGUAAUCGGCCGCAACCUCUCCGCCCACGCCGCCAAGAUCCCGACCUGGGAAUCCCUCUUCUCGCUCAGCAGCGCCCAACUCCGCGCAGCCGGAGUCGAGCCCCCGCGCGCGCGCCGCUACCUGCUGCACUGGCGCGAGAAGUUCCGGAACGGGGAGUUCGGGGUGGGCGGGAACGCCCAGUUCGUUUCCGACGGCGCUGCAGAGCUACGCGUUGUCGAGGUGCCGACGUCGAGUCCACGGUUCAAGGCCGCGACGGCGACGCGCACGGCGGGACAUCGGAAAGUCGCUGUGAACGUGCCGGCGGGGACGGAGAAGGUGGAUUCAAAAGUAAAGGAGGAGGCGGUGCCGGUGGUGGGGGUCAAGAUCAGGGGCGCGCAGACGAUCUGCGGGCCGCAUGUUGAGAUUGUGAAGGGGACAGGGGGUUUGGCGGCAAGGCUUAGGAUCAAGGAGGGGCUUUGGGAGGAGAAGAGGGGGAGGAUUGUUGAUGGGGGCGAGAGGAGGCGGGCGGAGGUCAGGGCGAAGAGGAGGGCGGAGGAGAGGAAGACGAGUAGGGGUUAG